AUGGCGUUGAUUCGGAUCAGCAGCGACGAAUGGGAUAUCCACGGCGACUUCAGAACGCCAAAACAGGCUCCAAGCAACGCGCUGUGCGCAGUCGUUCCAGAGGGCGACGCCAGGGAUACUCGAACCGCCGCCGUCGGCCAGGUGGAGGCGAACAGUGUCCACGGAGCCCACGACACGCCGCGCCCGGGGCGGAUCUUCAGCGUGCCCGUAUUCCGGUGGGCGACCGCCAGUUCAUCUGGGUUCCACGACAGCGCGCCCAGCCGCUCCCCGCGUCUUGCGCAAUCCUGCGCGACACCCAUACCAGGUCGGCUUCCGUGGCCGGUUGGGUUCCGACGCGACGGAAGCGAACUCCAGGGACCGCGGGCGGGGCAGCGGGACUCGUGUCCGAAUGUCGUCGCCCGCGACGGGACCAGUGGGCCGCGAGAGGCAGGUACGGAGACCAUGUUGAACAAGAGUGCGCGGCGCGUACUAGCACAUGGCGGGCGGGGUGCGCGCGUGGUCGACACGGAGCGUGGGGUCUUCUACGCCGCCCAGCUCUAG